AUGGCAUUACCAUCCGGAGGCCCCCCAGGCUGGGCAUCAGCUCCGGAGACCCUCUGGCUGUUCACAUUCUCAAGACCAAGACCUUCAACCUCA